AUGGAGGCCAAGAGAAAGGCAAAUGGAGCGAGCGAUGCAGAGGACCGCACUGCGAAGCGCCGCAGAGUAGCUCAAGAUUUCGAUCUUUCCAAGGGCGAGUCCCGCGAAUCGACCACUGCGCAUGGAUUGGUUUUUCUCGAGCAGAUCCGUCGGACAGCCGAUAAAAGUGGUCGCCUCGUCGCAACAUACUUUGAAAAGCUCGUUCCACGAGAGACCAACCCCGACUACUACAAGAAGACGCGAUUGCCGAUUUCUCUCGAGACCAUCGAACAAAAGCUUAUCGAUGGCGACUUCAAGAGCCUCGCAGAGUUGGAGAGCUACUUUAAGCGGAUGAUUGCCAAUGCCAAAGACUUUUACACUCGCGGAUCGCAAGUUUUCGAUGACGCUGAGCGGGUUCGCAAAGCGCUGAGCAACUAUAUGACCAAAACGAACCCUGCAUACAGUAACCGCUCUUACCAAGCUGUGCCUACCCCGCUGCCGCCAGAAAACGACGAGGAAGACGAAGGGAACGACGAUGAGGAAGAGGAGGAAGAUGAAGAUGCUGAAGGAGAGGAUGCCGAAGGAGAUGAAGACGCCGAAGGAGAAGAUGAAGACGCCGAAGGCGAGGAAGAACCUGAAGAAGAUGAAGAGCCAAGGUCGAGACGGAAAGCCAUUAUUCUCAAGCGCAGCCGUACGCGCAGGAGUUCAAACAACGAAAGCUCACGGGCACGCUCGCCGCCAAGUCGUCCCGACCACCAGUACGAAAAUGUACCGUACAAGGGCCUUACUUUUCAGCAAGCUCAGGAAAAGAUUGUCGAAGAACUUUUGCGGCACCAGGAACCAGAAUAUGACGAUGCCUAUUUCGAACCCUUUAUCAAUCUCCCUCCUCGGGCUUUGAAAGAUUACUACAAGGUCAUAACUGAUCCUUUGUCCAUCAAGAAGCUGCAGAAGAUUGUCAGAGGCGUGCAAGGACGACACGACGCAACAGGGGUUAGUGAGUUCAAGAGCUGGAGCGCCUUUGAGGAGAAAACAAAGCUCCUCUGGACCAAUGCCUAUUUCUACAACGAAGAGGGCAGCGAUAUCUAUGUGCUAGCACAAGAGCUUGAGAAAUUCUUCUAUGGCCAGCUCAAAAAGGCUCAAGCUGCCGUCUCGGAGCCAUCGCAGCCGAAAAUCAAGCUCAAGGUUGGGCAAGGAUCCGAAACUCCUGGCUCGUCCAAGAAGAUUACCAUCCACGUUGGCGGACGUGACAGCUCCGUAGCGUCACCAGCACCUCAAGUAGCCCAAUCAUCAGAGGCCAACGGCACGGGCAAUGUCAACGGCGCCGGGCAGCUUUCGGCCAACCUCGAAGCCCCUCGGAGCGUCUCGGCGUCAGCGCCGUCACCAACGCCUUCAUCGCAGGUAGGCUUGAAGGUGGAAGAUGGCAUUCGGGCAUCCCCAGCGGUUGGAAAUAUGCCACCCGGAGCGCCUGGACAGCCGGCUGUGCGGCCACCUAUUCCCGCGAUUCAACCCCUGCCAUUCCAGACUAACCCUCUCGUGAAUGGUUAUGCGGAUCAGAGAAGAUUCCGCCCUGCUGGCAAAGGAAUCGACAGUGCGCUGAUUGAAAAGUUGCGAAUUCAAACACAUCCUAGUAUUCCAAAUGAGCGCCCUACGCUACUCACCAUCUUGCCUAACGCAAAGGAGAUGCAGCAGUCGGCAACCAUCAACCUGCCGCCAACGCAAACUCGCAUCUGGAUUGUCGCGACGCUGCCAACCUUUCUGCAAGACCGCCAGUACAGCCUCUGGACUCUAGUGGACAGGCAGCCCUGGAAGCAGCUGAUGCAGCCCAUCCCCAACCAGACGCAUCAUGAGCGGGCGUUUGAUGUUAUGUUGCAUCCUGGGCUCAAUGUCAUUGAAACUCAUCUCAUUGCCGCAAUCCCCCGACAGGAGCGAGAGCCGGGCGGGCCUGAGGUGGAGCUGGAAGUCUUUACCGUGCUCAUUAACGUAUCGCGGCCUUACUAG